AUGAAAAUAGUUUAUUAGAAUGGAGUUAUAAAGACCACUAAAUUUUAUGGAAUGUAAAAUUGUGUAUUCAUUUAGAUUAUUGACCUUAAAAGCUAUAAUGGAUUAAAUAUUAUCUGUUAAAUCUUUUAUUUGGUCUAAGAAUUUUACAAUUCUAACAGUUUGUACUAGAAGUAGUAAUAUAUUCUUUUGGAAUCCAACAUGUAAAUAUGUUUGUGAUAUACAAUUUGAUAAGAACUUUCAUGUUUUAAAAUAGAUUGGAGUUGUAAUCUAAAAUGUAUGUUACUUUUUGAUAAAUCUUAUGUUGUUGUUAUCUAUCCAAAUCUAGAUGAUAGUGUUUGAAUAAUUAAUUAUAUUAACUCAUUUGAUAUUUGUUAACAUUAUAAUAUGA